GUUUCUGUCAUUUGUUCAUAGACUGAAUCCAAAGCUGAAGAAGCAGAGAAAAGAGCUUCCCUGGCAGAAAAAAUGGUUCAACUUCAAAACAUUAUGAAAAAACCUGAAUCAAGUGGAGAACAAGCCAGUGAUGAAACCAAGAAGGCAGAGAAAGCUUUAGCAGAGAUGAAAGAAAAAGUCAACUCAUUAGAAUCAGAUUUAGCUCUGUCUGAAGCAGAGAAUGAAGACAUGGUCAGACAGUUGGAAGAAAGCAAAGGACUGUAUCUCAUAUUGGAGAAGAAAUAUCAUAUGGCCAAGAAUAAAGUGAAGGAACUUGAAGACAGAGAGCAAGCAAAUGCUGUGUCUUCUGAAAGAUCUGCUAUUGAAAUAAAGUUAUUACAAGAUAAGGUUAAAGAACUGGAGACCCAAUUGAAGAGGGUUCAAUUACAGCAAAAGUCUGAAAAGGAAACAGAUGUGAAAUAAGAAGAAACAAUAUCAGCUCCAGUGAGAAUUGAAGAACAGAAUUCUAUGCCUGAUACCAAAAUGAAAGAGGAGGUUCAAGAGGAAGUUGUAGAGAAUGGACUUGCUUUUGAAGUAGAGCAAGCUUUGUCAAACUUUCACUUUAGUUGGGAUUCAGCUGAAAAAAAAAAUGUCACAGAGCCAGUUGUAGAGUGCGCGUCAAAAGGUGAUUUGGAUCUGAACAGCAUCCCAGCCACAAAAACACUCAGUAAUGAACAUCUUUUGGAGAAAAAAAGACUGGCUGAAGCACAGCAGAAGAAAUAUAAACCAACUCGUGCAAGCUGGGGAAAGUCGCUGGAUGAUGAUGCGUAUCAUAUAUUUGGAGAUAAUGAAGUGUCUAAUGGGGACGUGGAGGACACUCCUGCUAAGAGUACUUCCUUGGAAAACGAGUCUCUUAGGGGUCCUCCUAGGGGACCAGGACUCGUCCUUCCAGGUUUGCCUGUCGGGGGAUUCAAACUGCGAUCCACGGGGAAAAACUUGUAUGAUGAAUCAGCUGCUAAGGGCAGUGAGUCACCUCCGCACGAGACACGAGCCAGCUUCCCUUUGUCACACAAGGAGGAGACGCGGAAUAUUGUGGUGGAGAAUCUUUUGGAGAAGCAGCUGUCAAGGGCUGACGUGAAAGUGACAUCUUUGCCGACUACUGCACUUGAUCGAGCGGACAGAGAGGCGCGGCGUCAGGUAGAUGAUGAUGAAUCAGAGUGCUUCUCAGGGUCCACGAAUUCUUUGGAUGAGAUUGAAGAAGCUACAAGAAGGAUUGACUCAGAUUUGGCCUCGUCCCAGGCUUCCUCUCGAGGUUCAUCCCCAUUCCUCCCUCCUGCCAUGCCCCUGUUACAAGUUAAGAGUGUGCCCGUGAUGGAGUCCUAUAAUGAAGCUGCCAUUGAUGUCCCCCCGGAACUACUUGCGGCCAGCGGACAGAGAGACUUCGAUCAACGAUCUGUAGGAACAGGAUCAAGUGUUGAUGGACAGUCGUCUCUUAGUCCCGGGUCAGACUUCAAUUCAUCUGCAAAUGCACAGCUGAUCUCAGACUGGGACACGGAUCAGGUGUAUGCGUGGUUAAUCCAAAAUGAGUUGGACGAAUAUGCCGAGGAAUUCAUUGCCAAAAAGAUUGAUGGAAAACAACUAUUAAACUUAGAUGGCUCCAGGCUUAAGACAAUGGGAGUGAGUCAGAACCACAGGGCUCUCAUCAAGAAGAAGAUCAAAGAGCUGAAAGCUGAGAUGGAACGAGAACAGAAAGCGAGAAAACAGAGAGAAAAAGAACAGAAGGCCGGCAAGAAGGAAGGAAAGUUUGAAAAAAUGGGAUUUAUGAAGAAGAAAGGAGUCUACAAUAUCAACUAAUUUCUGCUGCGCAGCAUGAGAUGCUGUUUUGUAGGUUUUUCGGCUUCUUAGAGGCAAAGAUGUUGGAAGGAGUACAGACCUUGUGCGCAUCUACCGUCGUAUGCUCGGGUAAGCCUCGGAAAUAUUCGGCAUCGUCAGGCUUGCGAAAUGAGAAUGCGCUCCUGGUACUUCGCGGCGACAUUUAUAGUGUAUUAUAGGUAAUUUUGUAAAAAAAAAAAAAAAAAAAGCUUGAAAGAGAAAAGAAAACGACUAAAAAGAAUACGGCCAUGAAAUGUUAGCAUUAAUUACAACUUGAAUUAUCAAAUCUCUUUAGAAAAUUGUGCAAAUCUGAAAUGUUAAUUUGAUUUAGCGCUUUAACGAAUUGAAGUCCAAUUGUAAAAGAGAUUUUUUUACAGUUAUCCACCGUGCCAUGCCCUUUACCGUGUUCAUUUUUGUGCCAGUUAAUCACAGACGUUCUUUUAUCUUCAGUUGAAAAUAUUGGAUCAGUGUUAGUAUCUGAGCAACUGUACACCCACCCCUCCCCUAAUCGUUGACUGUUGUUGAGCUAGGGGAGGGUUAGGUGCGUAGCUGUUUAGAUGCUGACCUUGAUCUAGAUAUUUCUAGCAGCACUUUUACUUUUAAGUAAAGUUUGUUUAUUUUAGUGAUAGAGUAUGAACAAUUCUCUUUUGUAUCUAAUAAUGUUUACCAUCGGAAUUAUACUUUGUUGAUAUUACCAGCAGUUUUUUUAUUCCAGUUGACAGUCGGUGCAGUUUUUUUUUUUUUUUUUUUACGAGAUCGCAAAAUGCGUUUUGAAAUUUUUUUGUCGAAUGGGUGAAAUGAUCGAACAGGCGGGAAAUCUAUAAAGGUUAAACUGAUAUGCGAAUCGGUGUUGAAUAAUGAUCAUUUUGUUUAUGUUAAAUGGGUUAAUGGAUAUAAAUUUGUGACUUGAAUAUUGACUUACAUUAUACGUGAUAAAGUACAGAGCUGGAAUUAUUUGAUAAAUAAAGCUGAAAAUUUUGUA